CUUUACAUUUGUGCCUCGAAUGACUAGUAAAACACACAAACAGCGUUUAGAAAAAGUUUGACUCAAAGUUUCAGUCAGUCUCGUGCAGAAAAGCUAUUUCUAACGUGUCAACUGGUCAAAUCUCAACUCUCCUCAGACUCUUUUUUACCUCCAUGCCACCCAAGAGAGAAGCAGGAGCGACUCAAACACUACCAGCAGCCAAGAUGAUAAAAAUCGGCUCUGAUGCACAGGAUUUUGGCUGCGAUCCAGUGGAGGAUAAGUACAGGUUGGCUGAUGAGUCCAGCUACUCACCUUUUCUCAACAAUGAGCAAGAAACCAUUGAGUUUGAUGAAGAAAAUAUUACAAGCCCAGGCAUCAGAACAGACACCAUCAGUCUCCUCAUGAAAAUAGAGCAACUGCAGGCACAACUCAAAUAUGAACGCAGAUGUAGAAUUUUGGCUGAGAGAGAGCUGAGGGAGCUGAAAGAGAUGAACACUCUCAUGAUGCAGAUGAGGCACACAGCACAUGAGCUGCGAGUCACUUUGGAUCACGUUCUCCAGGGAGGCGAGGUGGCACCUUUGCAAAACUCUCAAGAUGAAACUGUCUCUUUCCUGGCUGAGCCUGAAGCAGAGAUGAGAGAGGUUCAUAAUAUCCCACAAGAUGAUCACAGCUUCCUGUAUCUCUCUGAGAAUCUUCGAGUACCAAAAAAUCUUUACGAGCGCAUCGCAGAGAUCGCAGACUACAAGAAGUACACGUCAGCACUGCUGAUGAUACUUUUUGACAGGCAAACAUUGGCCACACACUCUCUGCAGGGCCGGAGAAGCACCUUUACUGGAGAAGAAAGCCAGAAGCCUCAACUCCCACCUGAUAUCUUAAGAAGUAUAAUUGAUCACGUUGCAGCCAAGUUUGGCAUCGAUAGCAGCCAAAUAAAAACAGCAAUCCGCACAAAGUUGAAUAACGAGGACAAACUAUUAAAGAAGAGACUAGGUUUAACUAAAACUGAAAACAAGGCGAUCAUUGAUCAAAGCUUUUGCCAAGAAACUCCACUCCUGCCUGAAAACGAAGCAAUGAGAAAUGACUCUCAGUUAUAACCCUCUGAGUCCACCUUCAUCUGCUCAUCACCAGUUUUUCAUGUCUGAUAGAAAUUUGUGACAGGUUGCCUUUUUCAAUCCACCUGUAGUUUAUUAAUUAUUAUAAUCUAGUUCUUGAAGUUAGUAUUUUUUUAAACACUGAAGAAUUAUUAUUAUUAUUAUUAUUUUUACAACUGUGGUUGUCCAACAUGUGGUCAAAGUUAAAUCUGGUGACUGAACCAAUAUGUUAAACAGCACUAUAAAAUGUGACGUGUGUAAUCAUCAGUGGUAAAAACAAUCACGUGUUCUUAUUUAAUUUGAGGUAGUGUGGCUGUGUCUAAAUAACACGUCAGUGAAGCUGGUCUUUGUCAAACGUUUCUACUUUUCAAGCAGAUGGCCUUUGUGUGUUCGAAAGUAGGACAUUUAAUGUCUCAGAUAGUAGGUGCCAUUAGUACCCUGUUGUUUAUGACAAAACUGUGCACUACACCGAGUGAUACUGUGUUCUAGAGUAGUUAUUUUGCAGUUGCAAAAUAUGCUGUAAGUGAUAAUCUUGCAUCCACAGCAGCUAUCACAUCACUCAUCUGUUUGUUGUGCUUCACUAUGUAAAGGCCAAUAAACCUUUAGAAGCAA